AUGUUUUUUCACAAGUGUUUCAUUCUCUGAUUCUAAUCGUUUAAAAAAGUUACGGUCUUAAAGCAGACAAAAAAAGAUUCGUGUAUAAUGGGUCUGUUAAGCCAUGCAAUGUGUACUACAACAACUCUUCUUCACAAUAAAACUGUUAUAAUAACUGGUGCAAAUGUUGGGAUUGGCAAAGAAACUGCUUUAGAACUUGCAAAGCGUGGAGCAAAUGUAGUAAUGGCUUGCAGAGACUUGAAAAAAGGAGAAGUUGCAUUGAAUGAAAUAAAAUCUGCAAGCAAAAAUGAUAAUAUAUUUUUGAAAAGUCUUGAUCUUUCCUCCUUAGAAUCAGUUCGGGAAUUUGUUGCAAAUUUUCUUCAAGAGUUUAAUACACUACACAUCUUGAUAAACAAUGCAGGUAUAAUGAUGUCACCAUAUUGGAAAACAAAAGAAGGAUUUGAAAUGCAGAUUGGUGUCAAUCAUUUUGGUCAUUUUGUUUUAACCAAUUUGCUGUUAAAAUGCAUGUUAAAAACAGAGGGUCAUGGAAGAAUUAUAAAUGUAAGUUCACGAGCGCAUGGCUAUGGUAGUAUCAAUUUUGAUGAUAUUAAUUCUGAAAAGAGUUAUAAUAGUGUAAAAGCAUAUGCUCAAAGCAAACUAGCGAACAUUCUUUUUACUGAAGAACUUCAGCGCAAGUUAGUAAAUACCAAUCUUACCACUUAUUCUUUGCAUCCAGGUUUUGUUAAAACAGAUCUUGGUCGUUAUGGAUUACUUACAAGAUUUUUUUAUGCUACUGCUGGUAGUUUGGUUGCAAAAACCUCCCAACAAGGCGCCCAAACUUCUAUUUACUGUGCUACUAAAGAAGGGUUAGAAGAACAUGCAGGUAAAUACUUUGCAGAAUGCAAAGUAUCACCAACUUCUAAUUCUGCGUGCGGUGAUGAAAUACAGGCAAAAAAAUUAUGGGACCUUAGUGAAAAAAUGACUGGUACAGUAUUUGAACUUUAACUUCUAUUUUAUUAUAACUUUGCAUCGUAAAUAUAUUUUAUUUAAAAUUAAAAAAAAAAUUAUUUGAUUUUUUGUUUAUUGUGUAAUUUUUUAAUAGUGCUAAACUUAUUUAUUUUUUAAUAGUAAUUUGAUGGUUAUUUUAUUUUAAGUUAUAUAUUUCUGUGUUUUUUUAUUUUAUUUAUAUAAUUUUUUUUUUUUACAUUGUGAUAAUCAUAUCUAUCAAUUUUGAGUCAAAAUUUUAAUUGUUAACUACUUGGAUAAUACUGAUUAAAUUAUUUUUGUUCUUC